AAAAUGUAUUUCCAACUAUUUACUCACAAUCGUCGCAUGCUGAGUGAUAUUUGAAAACGGUUGCUACUUUUUUGAUGUUCACCUAAUAUAAAUUAAAAUUUGAGAGCAUCUGAGAGCUCUCUGAGUCAAUCAGUAUUGCCUCUCGCAGCUAACACAGAGCGAAAAUAGCUCACAAAGUGAGCGGCGAGUGCAUGUGAACGUGUUGGAUUGUGCUCGAUGACGGCAUACUCAUUUAAGUUGCCGCUUUGUAUGCUGCUGCUCACCACACUACUACGCACGACAGCAACAACAAUUGAAGAAACACAACAAAAGAGAGAUUACCGAAUAACAAGAAGAUUCAUAGAAAUUGGUAGUGAAGAACAAGCAUUUAGCGGAGAACCAACAGAAGGCGAGCGAAAAUUAAUUGAUCAAAAGCAAUGGAAUAUUAAGAAGGGAGUGGAGCAAGUGAUAAGGACUAAAGAGAGGCUGGAAGAAGUACAUGAAAAUGCGGAAAAGGCGACGAAAAAAGUGUGGAAGGCGGGUGAACACUUUAGAGAAAACGAGAAGCAUGUAUUGGUUGAAAAAGAGCGUAUUUUACCAUCCAGCAAAGACACAAACCAAAGUGAUGUGAGUAACGUAACGCAAAAAUAUGCGAAUACGAAGGAUGUUACUCUGCCGAAAUUUAUCAAACAUCAAAUUAUCGCAGCUGUCACUCACAACAACUCACAGCACCGUGGCAAUGCACUUACGUCACAUCAAACUCCGCACACACUCAAUUCACUCACAAAUCAUAUCAGCGCCCCGGUAAGUCCACAGUGGGUGGUGGCACCACGCUUUAAGCGGCAACAAGCUGCGCAGCACAGCGUCGCCUUUCAAGCUGACUUCGCCUCCUACGCGAGUGCGGGUAACACAGCAGUGCACUAUAAUCCAUUACCCGCUGUGCCAUUGCCGCCACCGCCACCCUUCCCGGGUAGUUUCGGCAUUUCACCAUUUAGUGGCGGUGGCGCCAAGCAAACAACAAGCGGUAACAACAUUUUGAAUGCCUUCGCAUUUGCCGGCAUCGGCAGUUCAUCCUCAGCUGUGGCGCGUUCUCAUCCACGUGGUAAUUCGUUUUGCGGCGGCGUCCUUAAGUCGCGCUAUGGCAACCUACAGACACCGAAUUUCCCGCACAAAUUCCCGACACCCAUUGAGUGUGUGUGGGUAAUUGAUGCCUCAGAGCUGCCAAUUACAACUUCUACAUCUGCUACGUCGGCUGGUGGUAGCGCGGGCGGCACCAACAUCUCAAUUAUCGUUUACCUAACACAAUUGUAUGUUUUGGGCGGCCUCAAGUUCACCGAGUAUAUGUACUAUUCGGAUGAUUACAAGGUGCCGGCGCAUCGUGUGUUCACACUCACCGAGGAUGACGUCACGCAGGUGGCAUGGGUGCAAUUCAGUAGUCAGUAUCUUGAGAUACGUUUCACGAUGGCAUCCUUGGAUGGCACACAUUUGCGCGCCUUGGAUCGCCUGUUGGACGUGUAUGGCUUCAAUAUUACCUAUGAGGUGCAGCAGGAGGUGAAAACCUAUCAGUGCAAUACGUUGCAGUGUCGAUUUCUCGGCCAUUGCUAUGCGAAGGCGGAUUACAGCUCCUACUACUGUUCCUGCUUUCCCGGUUUCAGUGGCACAGAUUGCGGUCGUGGGCCGUUGUGUGAAGAUCCACAUACGAAUGUAUGUCAAAAUGGCGGCACUUGCAAGCACAUCGGCGAUGCGGCCAUUACAUGCCACUGUCCGAGCGGCUUUAAGGGCACCAAAUGCGAAAUACCGGAAAUAAAUGAAAUGACAUUGGGUUGCACAUCCAAUUCCACAUCGAGUGAUUGUCAUAAAGAAUGUGAUUUUGAACGUGCUGGUGAUGGUAUCACACUGCGAAAGGCUACCAAAAUUAAUGCACGCAACGGUAAAACUCGUUACGAAGUGACAAUACGCUUGGGCGCCAACUUAACUGCCUUUUAUCGUAACAUGGAUCCCGAAAGGCGCCCAAGUGAUCAUCUACCGAGUUUACUGGAAAGACAUCUCAUGCGCGUCUUACGCAAUUUCAACAUCACAAAAAUCAGCGAUUUAGAAUUAAUCUCGAAUAGUACCGACCGUUUGGACAUCACAUUUCAUUUCUUUGGUGUGAAGGGCGAUUCAAAUCGCAUACGUGAGGCCAUCACGCGUAUGGUGGAACGCGGUCGCAUUGGAAAUAUUACAUUAGUCUCCAAUUAUCAUUUGUUUGACGAGAACCCACCGCUGAAUUUGUUGGAACUGACAAUUAAUCAAAAAUCAGCGAUACGUGAAGACAGUGAAUUUAUAAUUUCAUGCACCGCCCAAGGAUCAUCGCGCAUGCAAUUUCAAUGGUACAAGGACGGGGCGCGUGUUAAUACAUCCAAGGCUAUAAGAGAAAUCUGGACCACCGUUUUACCACCGGAAACUAAAGAUACAUUCACUGCCAUUUUGGGCAUCACAAAAGCCAGCCGCAUGGAUGAGGGCAUCUACACGUGUAAGGUCACCGAUUGGGGCAUCGAACAGUGUCGCUCACUGCAUGUGCAUAUCAAAACACCGCCACGCCUACGCGUCGAUCCCGCCAGUGUGACGCUGCAACGCGGUGAUUCGCUGCGUGUGCGCUGUCUCUCACCCGGCAACGAUGACAUUAAACGCUACGCACAGCUCGGCUACAGUUGGACACGUAACGGUGUACUCUUUCAAUCGAAUCCCGCCACAGUGAUGUGGGAAGAUCUGUAUCCCGAUGGAAGCAUACUGAAAAUAAACAAUAUACAGAAAUCCGCCGAGUACACAUGCAUUGUCUCGAACACAGUGCGUCCGGUAUCGAAGAGUGUCUACAUUACCGUUAUCGACCACAAUGCGGUACGUGUGUGCCACAGCGACACGCUGUACGGUGUCCGUUGGCCGACAAGUGCACCAGGCGCCGCCAUUGUUGCCGACUGUCCGCGCGGUUUUGAGGGCCACUCGCGGCGCAUUUGUGAAAGCCGCGAUACAGGCAAUUCAACAUGGUUGUUACCCGAUUUUUCGCUCUGCGUACACGAUCAACUUUUGGCGCUUUACAAUAAGUUUCGUGCACUAAGCGCUGGCUACCAGCAAACCAACUCGUCGGCCAUACUAAAGGCAUGCUUUGAAUACACCGCGAAGCGACAUAAGCGUUUUCUGCCCGGCGAGGCGGGUUUUCUCAUCGAUAUGCUACAUGAGGUCGAUACGUAUCUGCAGCUGAAGGGCACACAGCUGGAACGUGAGAUGGCAGCUGAAAUAAUUUUGCACAUUCUCGACAAAGUCAUGCAAAAUACGCAAUCACUUAAUAGCCAACAGCAAAUUAAAAAAUUGCAACUCUUAACACAAUCAGCAGCGUUGAACCGUGAAACAAUUGCAGCAUCUCAAUUAGCAACAUCAACAUCAUCCACGUCAGCAGCAGCAGCAGCUGCGGCGGCGGCAGCGGCAGCAACAGCAGACAAUAGUGCCAUAUCAUCGGCAUCCGCAUCCGCUGCUUCAGCAUCAGCUUCGGCAGCAACAACACAAACAGAAAUCACUGCAGGCGCGGCAACAGCUGGUGGUAAUGCCAUGUCACCGGCACGCUCCGCUGCCACCGCAGCCAAUUCAGCGUUGGCAGCACUAUUGCGCAACGAUGCUGCCACUGGUGGCGUUAGUGGUGGUGGUGCUGGUGCUGGUGUUGGUGUUGGCGGCAGUGGCAUACUCACAGUCGAUGAGGAUUCGCUGUCGUUGGAUCGUCUAAACUCGCUGCGCAUUUAUAUGACUUCAGUGAAAACGUUGCCGUUCAAUUUGAGGAUCUACGGCGAUGAUUUGUUCGCGGAUCAACUUUACAUGGACAUCGGACUCUCCAAUCGGUUGCUCAACAUAAUGGCCAACUCGACGAUAUUCGCAUCGGUUAUCUCGUAUAAAAAUUUAAAAAGUUUUCUACCAAAAACUUACUACACACGCGGCAGUGAUACCAAAGAGUCCGAUUACAUUCUCGCCUCACGCAUUCUACAAACCUGGCUCUUCCAAUCGAAUCGCUCCAACGAUAAUUUACGCGAACCACUCGAUUUACCAUUCGAAGCCGGCCACGUAGAGAUCAUAUUUCAGCAUGAAAUUGCGCCAAAGGAUGGUGAUUGGGUGGCCGUGUGUGGACAUGACUACAAAGCUUCCUUUGAGUCGACAUGGCGCUCGGAUCUAUGCAUCACCAAGCAUUUGAUGGCGAACAUAACGCGUUGUAUAUGUCCAUUGUCCGGCACAUACGUAGUCAUGCUUACGAAACGUAAUAACAAUUCACAACCCGUUUCGCCAACACAACGUCCACUCUUCGUGAUCAUCAGCUGCGCUUGUGGCUUAUUGCAGUCCUGUUCUGCGUUUCUCAUACUUCUACCGAUUUGGUUUAACCGUAAAUGUGCCAUAACAUUUUUGAAAAUGCAAUUUUGUGUCUCCACAUCGAGUAUAAUGAUCAUUUUCCUGUUGGGAUUUCUGAAAAUGUUGCCAGAGAAUUGGCAAGCGGUUGUCAACUCCUCGCUCGCCUCGCUGCUACUGCUUGGCGUCUCGACCACGAUCGCAAUUGCUUUGGUUGUAAAUUCCGAGUUGGUGCCGAAAAAAAUGUUGCAUAUCAAUAAAAUGUCAACAGCACAAGCCGCAAGUGCACGCGCUGCGACAAUAAAAAAAGAACAACAACAACAACCUCAUCAACACCCACAACAACAGCACCACGACUUGAACAGGCGACACAACUCCACAAGUGGCAAUGACAAUGGCAGUGGCGCGCCGGUCACAGCCACCGCCUCCGCCACCACCAUCGACGCACACAGCAUGAGCGCCGCCACAAACAUUACACAAAUCAGCAACAGCAACAACAGCAGUGGGGGUGUCAGCGUCGGCGCCAGCUACGGCUUGGGUGGCAGCAAUGACAAUAGCAUUACCAGCGAUAGCAGUGCCGCAGCCAGCAGUCGUCGCGCGGGCAGUGUAUCGAGUGCGGCGGCAGCACGUUCUGUGGCGCUCGUACAAGAGCUCUAUUUUCCGGUGAGUGUACGCGCCGUCAUCGGCAUUAGUUGGCUGCCGCCGUUGCUGUACGCCAUCGCCGUGCCGCUGAUAUGCAGCAUUAUUGGCAAAUGGCCACGCAAUUGGUGGCUCGAAGUGAUGAGCAAUACAACGGCGGGCACGGCAACAACAACAGCAGCAAGAACAUCCGACGCUAUGUACGGCAUGCCGCACGGUUUGUCGCAUUCAUACGGUGGCGGAUAUAGUGGCGGAAGUGAUUACUUAGUGGCGCAUAUGGCAGCCUCUCCAUCACCCGCAUCAUCGCUAAGUUUGAAGGUUGAACCGAGUCACGAUGCCAACCAGAGCAUGUUGGCGAGUACAACAAGCAACAGCAUCUUGGAGACAGCAGCAUUCACAGCUGCAGAACUUACAACCACCACAAGCGGUAUAUUAACAACUGCGGCCAGCGCUGUUACUGCCACAACAACCAGCAACAACAGCAGCACCACCACUCAUGUAUACCCCUUCACAGCGCCUGCGUCCGUCGCCAGCGCCUCCACAGCGACCUCGGCCUCAACGUCGACAACCUUCUCCGUUGCCGGCUGGCAUAACAACUUCCAGCCGGCAUCCAUCUCCGCUUCCGCCACCGCUGCUGCCUACCACGGCGACUACGCAGCGUACACCGACUCAGACUCCAUUGAGCUGGAGUCACAGCUCACGGGCGACGCUGGCGUGCCAUCACUCAGUUUCAUUAUAUUUAUUUGUGUCGAUUUACUCUUCGUUUUGCUCUUUUUCGCGCUCUUCGUCAUUUUAAUCAAGAAACUUUUAUGGCUGUGGCAUAAAAAUCGAAAUAUUCACGCGCAUCCGCAGGAUAAGUUCAAUGUGGCCAUGCGUAGACGCAUUGGCCUAAUUUACCGCACCGGUUGUUUGCUGUUAAUGAAAUUAUCAACGGAUGCAUUAUUCAUAGCAUAUGUAAAUGCAACACAAAAUUCAUGGUGGUCCUAUCCGUUUGGCAUAUCUUGCAUAUUGUUGGGUUUCUCUAUUCUUUAUUGCUUUGUUAUAAAAGCGGAGAGCAGUUUGCGAGCACCGCCAAGCAGCAACAACAGCAGCAGUGGCACGCUGAAGAAGAAGCUCAGUUCGAGUAAGACAAGUUUGGAUGACAACUAUUGUACGGGGUCCAUAAAUAGUCCGCUCAGUUUUUACGCCAGUCACGAAAAGGAGAAGGAGAACGAAAGCGGCGCGCCCGUAACAACGCUACUCACCGCGCCCCCCGCACCACCGCAACAGCUUGAAAUCUCCAGUGGCGUGCAACUGCCACUCACAAUUAUACCCACCGCGCAACAGCGUUGCCCACUGCUGCCCACAGGCGGCGCGUCUACAGUGGGCAGCAGCGUCAAAACGUUCCUGAACGCCGCCAGUCUGGAGCGCAAGCUGCCGCCACAUGUCAGCUGUCUGCAAGAGACGUCCGCCGCGGCGUUGACCUCACCAGCAACGCGAUGCUGCAACAUUUUGGGCGGCGGCAGCAAUGCGGCUGCGACAGUCACAUCAGCCGGUGUGGUGGGCGGUGGCGUUGUGGUCACCACCGGCGGCAUGGGUUACUAUGAUGCCUACGGCGCGGGUAUACAACUCGGCGGCAUGACGGGUAGUCUAAAUAGGCGUCAAAUGCACAGUGCGGCGGCAACAACAGAGUUUGUGGGAUUGGAGACUCUGGAUAUAUUGCAGGGUGUGGCGCCACCAGACACCAUCAUUGGCAUUUGUGGCAGCGCACUGCCCGCCGGCAUGUCAUAUCAUCAACUGCAGCAUCACAGUUUGCCGCGUCACCACACACAGACGAUGCAGCAACAUCACCUCACAGCAACCGCAACAACGGGCCAGCAACAUGUUGCGCCGCAACAUCACAAUGCCUACAUGGACGCUACCAUGUUGCCAACAACAAUUGUAUCAAUAAGCAGCGGCCUGCCGCUACCCAACACCAUGAAUUAUGCGAAAAGCAGCGGUGAAGUAGCAGCAGCAACAACACCACAACAGCAACCACAAGCACCACCGCCGACCACACUCACCAGCAUCAUCAGCACAACAACGGCAACAACACAAACACCAAAGGCGCAAAAACGUGUCACCAUCAUGGAGCCGACCACACACACUUUCGAUCCACUGCUGCCCACAAUGGUCGCCGUGUCCGGUGUGGCAACGCCGGCGGCACAUCAUCGCCUGGUGACGGCAACGCCGACACCCAUCAUAACUAUUACAAGCAACACAGGUGAUUGCGUCGCCAACGUCAGCAGCAGCAACAACAAUAGUGUGAGCGAUGCAAUGCAGUGUGGCAGUGAGAGUGGUGGAGCAGCAACAGGUGCGGAUAGCGCUUCCUCGCCCGAAGAUGAGAACUCGAUGACCGGCAUGUUGGAUCGCAUAACGCAUGAUCUGGAUUAUCUGCUGAAUCGCACGAAUGAUGCGCCACUACCAGAGUCACCACUGGACGAUGCUGAAGUGCUGGCGGUGGGCGUGGCAGCCACACCAGCGACGACAGGUGCCACCACAGCGGCGUCUACAACGCUCACCAUCAGUCAGGACACUGUGGAGCACUUGUAAGUGUUCCGCUGAAAGAUCUUGCGAACUAAUUUUAGACUACAUUUAAUGAGAUGAAUACUAACUUUAAGCGUAUUUAGUUGUUAGUUGUAACUAAGCAUUUGGUUCCUGUCACUUUUUCGACUUUUUACUGUACAGUAGACCUUAAUACAUAGUUCUAUAAAAGUUAUGUAUAAUUGUAUUAAGCAUUAAUAUUUAUGAUUGUCUUUGUAAAUAAAUAAAAAAAAAAAUAUUUAGAAAUCUAAGAUUUACAACUUUUUGAUAUAGCUAUGCAAAUAAUAGAUAAAAAAUGAUUCGAAUUUAUUCCAUAUAACAAUAGGUAAAUAUAAUAAUCUUGAAGAAUUGUUGUAUAUAUUAUUUAAAAUAGUUAAAAUAAAAUUAAAGUAAUUAAUAAAUAUAUUAAAAUAAAUAUAAAAUAAUUUUUUUUGGAAAAUUUUGCUCAUCAUUUUGGUAAAUAUUUACUCGAGGCAGCUACAACUUCAAAUUAUAUUGAAUUAUUAGGUCUACUUUGCUUCCGCCGUUUUCCAAUAGAUGUCUCUAGGAUCAAGCACUGGUCGAUUAAAUCCAUUAAAUUGUUUUAUAUCGAUCUUGGACAUUUGUGUCAACAUUAACCCAACAAAAUAUAUGUAGAGAUCUGUUUGCAUCCCAAACUUAUUCUCAACUAAAAAAAUGUCACUUUUUGAGCCGAAUUCUGGCAGAAAAAUGGUCAAAAGUAGUAGCUAGCGACGGCCAAUAUUUUGAAUAAACUUUUUUAAAUUUUUGACAGUUUUUAUACAAAAAAAGCCUUAAAUUUACAAAAAAACGGCGGAAGCAAAGUUGUAGACCUUAUAAUUUUUUUUAUAAACAAUGGGAGAUCGAUUAUGAAUUAGGAGAUGAAUAAAGCAGAUGAAUGAAAUAUGUUUUUUCUACUUUAACCACUUUAAAAAAUAUCAAAAAAAAAUAUAAUAAAUUAUUGAAUUUAAUGAAACCUACGAUACUUCUUUAUGUAAAUCGAUUUUUUAGUCUAAACACCGCAUCUGGAAAGGGUGAGUAGUAAAAGUAAUAAAAAUGAAGGGAUUAAGAAUU